AUGCAAUCCAGCGCUGUGAACAAAGCUCAAGCAUCGCUAAAGAUGCGGGUGAAAACACUGGGCUUCUGCUUUAUCCAGGUGCUCAGAUGCAUAUUGCAUCUCGCCUUCAUUCUAGAAUACAUCUUCACCGAAAUCUGGCUGUGGCAAUUAUUUUACGACUUUGGCCAUCGCAACCUAACCACAGACCGAGACAGCGCCGCGAUUGCCUUUAUCAUUUUCCUCAUCGCAUCUCUCUGCCAUUGUCUCGGACUCGCUAUGGGCAUGUUGAACUUGUACGGUUGGUCUAUAGCGCCUUCUUUAGAAUGUGAGGGGAUGAAAAUGGGCAUGUCUCCUGUGGAUUCGGCCGUUCAUUUGAUGGUUCUUUUCUGUAUUUCGGGAUUUUAUACUUUUGUCUACUGUUCGGUAUCAUGGUGGCUUCCGACCUUUCAGGCCAACGGAGAAGCAGAGAACACCAGAUACUGUAUUGCAUGCAUCCGUAUCAUGGCAUUUGAGGCCUUAUGGGCAGCUGUAAAAUUUGGAAUUGCGAUUUUUGUCGAGCGAAAUGAAUCGCAAAGCACGGAUUACACAAGCGUUGAGAAGGACAUUGAGAAGGAUUUGAUGGAAGUGGAAAGGAAUACUACUGAGAGGCCUGCUGAAAAGUGUGCGUCUGCAGACGAGAAACCGACCUCUGUCUAA